GCUACAUUGGCAAAUUAAUUGUUGGGGCGAGGAACACACACUCACGCUUGAAAUCUUCCGGCUAUGCCGCUACGAUUCAGCGCGCGGCUCUGCUUUCAAUUGCCCACAUGGGAACUUGGGAUCAAUGCGGGUCUGCCCCUUUCUACUUUUGCACUCCUUCUGCUUUUGCACCCCUUUGCAACCCUUCUGCCUUUGGACCCCUUCUGCUUUUGCACCUCUCCUGCUUUUGCACCCCUCCGUAUGUCCAGCAACCCGGCCAUGGCUGACGAUCAGUUAACGAUUCUAACGCGCUUGGGAGACUUGGGCGGCGGCUCUAGACUACUGCUACUGGUAUGGGAUCUGGCUUGGAUUGGGGUAUUCACAAGGUUUCCAUCAAUUUGUCCUAGUAAACCGGACUUGACAUUCAACAUCAUCGCUUCCCCUGAAUAAUUAAUGGGAAGCCUCAAUAUCGCAUCAGACGGAUCCUGCCGUGCCAUGAUUGCGAUUGCGAUUGCGAUUGCGAUUGCGAUUGCGACUGCCUUUUCCCGGCUUCAUGACCCCGAUGCCUACCACUCAGUCGCAUCGAGAUCCACAACCUGGAAAAAGUGCAAAGGUCAUACACGUGGCCGUGCAGUGUCACUCUCCACCUCCCGUAAUUACGUUUUUUGUGCCACUUUUGUUUGCGUGUUUGUCUUUCUGAGGUGCAUGACCUCAUGUUUAUUACAUGUUUAUAACUGGUGGACACGGCAAAUUCCCGCCACUCAUUCGGCCUCGCAAAUUUCCCAAUUGUUUGCAUCCACCUUCUCAGAAAUCAGGGAAUAUCCACAGGUUGAGGGAGCAUGGCACCGAGAGCAAAACGACCUCCACACACACACGGUAGUUGGGAGAGAAGAGGAUAAUGAUGCGAAGGGGUUCUCUAUCAUUUGUUCUUUACUAGCUGCUGUCAGG